CACAGCGGAACGGUGGUGCGUAAGGACGGCGGGUCAGCUGACAGCAGCUAUCAGAGGACCAGAAGGAAGGAGCGGAAUUAGCGGGUGUGUGGACUGGGAACCUACCGGAUCCUAACAUCGGCUAUAUCCAAAGCAAAAACCGGGAGCGACAGACCGGUGGCUUUCGUGAGAGAAGAAGGGUAAGCUCAAUAAAGUUCGCAUUGGAGCAUAUUUCGUAUCAAAUUCAUUACAGUCCGUUCACCGUUUUCGAACAGCCGGUGGAACCGUUGCAAUCGGGGUCAAUGCUAACAUUAGCCAUGUUAGCCGCCGCUCGGUUAGCAACCGUCAAGUUAGCAGCGGCAGCCAGUGUGAAAACGGAAAGUGGGCGACUCGUCUCCUUCAAAAUAAAAGUUUUUAGUUUCUAAACUUUUGUUUAAAAUAGUCUGUUGAUAUCGUUGAAUCUUUACUUUAAAUGUUUAUAUUUUAAGUCCAAUUUUGGCUAGAGCUGUAUGAGUUGGCUGUGAACGUCUCCUCAAAUAGUCUGAUAACACUUCGCCGGAAGUCACAUUAAAAGUCCGCACGGGUUGACGCUGGUUUCACCGCCAUCUAACUGCCGUCGAAGCUAAAUUAGCUAGCUAUCCGUCACUCGGUGUAUUCUCCAUCACUUUGAUCCUACCUGAAGGUCAAGGCUCCAUCAUUGCGGUAGCCAAACGCCAAAUAUACCGGCCCAGGCAUCUCAUUCACUCACCGGUAAAGAAACGAAUAAAGAAAGACGACAAAUUCAUGAACGGUUGGAAAUGGCCCGAGCGAGCAGACAUCUUGACUUCGGCCAAUAAAACGAGAGAUUAAACCCGCUCGGGUCUUUAACCGGUUUAUUCGGUCACGACUGUCAGUGUUAACAUGAGGAAAUUAUCUCAGUAAUCCCGUUAAUAUGAUGUGGUUACAUGAGUUCUCUGAGUGUGUUGGAGAUGUCUGGCCUCUGUCUUCCAGGAAUUUCAAGCAUGUCCUUCAUCCCUUCGGUUUCCAGAAGCUUCAUCAUUGAAUGGAAGAAAACCAUGAUUUUAAGGAGGGGGUUGAACAAUAAGCAUUCAUAGCUAACUACCAAACACAUUUAAUGUUUGUAGAUGAUUUUCACUGACCCCACUUUGAAUUUUAAGUAAAGCUUAAAUGCAUCUGGUAGUAAAAUGCAACCCAGUCAGAUGAACAGAUUUGUAACUAGGUACCUGACUGCAUCCUGCUGAUAGCUGGAGGCUGCUAAUCUGGUGUUAAUCUUUCUUCGGAAGGAAACAAGGAAUUGGCUGUGAGGGUGGUGAAGCCGUUUUAGCCUGUAUUGCAGUGAUAUUUAGCAUGUAUUUGUAUGCACAUACUCGCUUCAAAAAUGAGUCACCACCUCGGGGCAGCUGCAGGGUUCAUUCAGUUGGCAGUAGAGUGAUGUGUGCGCGAGAGAAAAGAAGAUACAGAGAAAGCGGAUGUGAGGGACAAGCGGCUCCCUGUACUGAUGGUCACUCUCACAUUUCACUGCUUUCACUUCUCCUUCACCCCCCUCUUUCCUUUCCUUACUUCCUUCCUGCCAUCCUUUGCUCAUUUCUAUCCCCUUUCAGGCGGGGUUUGGUUCCACCAUGGCCAGUUGGGACUGAGAAGCAGCCACAAUGAUUGGAGGAUUGUUCAUCUACAACCACAAGGGGGAGGUCCUCAUCUCCAGGGUCUACCGAGAUGACAUAGGGUAUGUCUCGCAGCGAGAAACCUCUUUUCCACAUUUUAAACUUCAGGGGACUCUAACGUUAGGGUUAGUGUGUGUGAAAAUGUCCUGAUCCCAUGGGGGAUGAACAGAUUGGGACUUAUUCUCAGAGGAUAAGAGAGGAUUAUGUCUCUUUUUCCAGCCAAGUAGUUAACAUUUUUCUGUUUGUUUUUUCUUUUUUUUACCUCCUGUGAUAAAUGGUUUAAAUAUAGUUAAGCUAAAACUACAUCAGGGAAAAUGCCACCAUAGAAGAACAGUAUUAUUUAGAGUGAAAUUGGCAUAGAUUAGCAUGAGCACAAAGACUCUAUGCACAGGUUAAAGACAAGUACAAGUGACAGUAAUGACCUCAUGGAGUUUUCUCAAUGUAAUACAAGGUAAUGGUUCAGUUCACUCAUGCUCAACAAACCACACCCUGUAUUUUAAAGAUUGGGUGCAGCUGUAUGAAAACCCCUUCCAAAUGAUGCAAUUGAGAUCCUGUUUCAAUCUGGACAACCUUUAGUUUUUCGUGCCAGGGUUAAAGCAAAGCCUUUCUGCGAAUGUGACAGAAGACCCUAAAGUGAGGUAUGUAUUUAUCAGCUAGAAAUGCCCAAAGAAGCUUAAAAAGUAUAUAAGAACGAUUUGUUUUGCAGUCUUGAACCCAAAAAAUGCUAAGGGAGAAGAAGGCCAUAAAAAGCUGCUGUAGACACAGGCUUGUUUGUUUGUUUUGAAAUGGAAAUAUCCUGCCUACUGAGAUGCAUGGCUGAGUCAGACUGGGACUGACGGGCAAGAACUUUAGUCCAAUGUUGCAAACCACAUUGUGAAAAAUGUGGGUCAAGUUUUGAUACUCAUCAUGUAUGAGGCUAAAGCCCCCCACAGAAACUCACAUAGAACCACACAGGGUUAUUAUGGGUAUGUUAUGGAGGGGAACUCAGCUCUGUUUUCUCUUUUCUUUUCCUCUUUCUUGUUUACUUGUUUGUUUGUUUGUACUAAUCUAAAUCAUCUGUAAAGUAGGUCUCCAUGCUUACAUCCAAUCGUCACGUUCUGUUUUGUUUACACUUAACCAUCCUUUGUAACCAAGUUGAAGGUAGGCUCUCUCAAAUUAGAGAAAGCACAUGUUAGAAACUAGUUUCCCAGAGUAAGUUGCGCAGGUACACAACAGGACUGAGGGUGGAGUGAUUAUUACACUAUAUCUCUCAGACAGUUUUUUGUUGUAGUUGUAGGAUAAGAGACGCAAAGAAAACAACAAAUAACAGGCAGACAGAGGUAAGUAUGCCAGUGACGUCAUAGAGACAUUUAGUGUUGCAUCACAGCUGACUGUGCUGCAGAGACAGAAUCAGACACUGUUUGAAUUAGAUUACUGUGAGAUCAGGAGGUGUGUUUCAAUGACAGACAAGCUAAUGUCUACACGGAUCUGUUCAAUGUUUUGUCCUGCUUCCAGGCUGCAAUUACUUCUGUCAUUAUAGUGAAUUUAUCAACACUCCUUUUGAUUUUAGUGCACAGUUUUUUUUUUUUCUAUGAAGGAAGGAAAUGAACACAGUGUGUGAGACUCUGACAGUUCUCUUACUAUGCUCAGCAGAAACCAUAAUAUUUACAUGUUGCGUUUACAUAUUUCCCCUUUAUGCUUCGUUACAACAUUUUAGCCUAUUACUCAAUCCCAGUUCCCCUUUCCCGACCAUUUGGCUGUUUUUUUGUGCUGACAUGCAGGUUCCUUGGAUUGAUACAGGAGUAUAGUGGUCAUUGACUCCUCCCAGAGCUUUGUCAGAUACAGCCUUCAACCAGGAACUUAGACAGUGUAGCAUAGGGAUGAGAAUUGAUACGAUUUUAUCGAUAUCGUUGCCAUUAAAGAUUCUGCUUAUCAAUUAACGAUUGUCUUAUCAAUGCCUUUCUUUGAUUUUUUUUUUAAAAAGUAGACUAUAGGUUUUCACUGUUAUCUCAAAAUUUUAUUAAGUCUUUGAUAGCAGAAAAAGAAAAGAAAAUAAUUCAACGACAAACCAUUCAUACAACAUUUACUUGGUCCGUUUUCAGUCAAAUUUAGGUGACCAUACUCUGGAUCUCCAAAAAGAGGACACAGCAUCAUGGGGUUGAGUCGUGCACAAAAUUUUGAGGGUUUUUCUGACUCAUUUAGUCCACGCUACACAAACUCAAAACUCCCAUACAAGACUCGUUGUCGUCUUUCUUAGUAAAAUGAAGCUUUAGAUCGUUUCUGCCUUCUUUUUGUACCAUCCACCAUGUUUUUUCCCUCAAAGUCUCUGUUCUUGUUCACUUAGACUGCCUCUCACAAGACUGUUUUCCAAAGCACCCGGAAGAAAGGAAUCAUUACGGGAAUCAUUAAAAUGAAAUGUAAACAAUGUCGAUGGAUUGAACCAUUGGGAUUGAACCGGUUCUCAACAAGAACUGGUUCUCGAGUCCCAUCUCUAGUGAGGCAUCACUCAUGGGUUCAACUGCUUGAGGAUAAAAGGGGAAAGAUGAUUUGCUAGUAAUCAUGCAAAAACUUCCAUGUAAAUGUAAUGAAGCAUGUGUUCGUACACUUUCAAGUAUCCUAAAAAUGUACUCAGCACCGUUAAAUUAGAACUCAGUGAAAACAGGGAUUCAUGAACAACAAAUGAAUUAUCUUCAUGUCCUGUGCAGUGCUGUGGUAAUACAAAUCUGUAAAUAUAUGUAUCACUGCAGUUAUUCAGUAGUGCUAAAUAUCACAACAGUAAGAGAAGCCAAAGAAACGAGACUGGGGGUCAGUCUGGGACAACCCCAGAAUGAAGGGCAGGGUCCACAGGGGCCUUGUUGACAGCUCUUGUCUCACCGAUCUCAUAUUAACAAAGCUGGAUAAAUAAUAAAUGAAGCUGUUGCAACUUUAAUACAACAAUUCCUGGAGUGAAAGGCGGUGUCAAGCUGCGGACUUCCUCCCUAACAUCCAGUUUCAGUGAUGGCGCCAUUCUACACACCAUGUUACUCACUCUGUCUGUGUACAUGAAGCACGAAAAUGUCUCUUGUGCAUUUUUGUCUCUCUCCUCUCCUUUUACUUCAUCCUUUGUUUCCUCUCUAUCCUCUGUAUCACCAUUUUUCCUCCAUCUGUCCAUCUUGGCCCCCCUGUAGGAAUAGGUAAGAGAUACUCCAGCCUAUCAAAGCAUGACCCCCCACCCCCUUCUCAUGGCCACCACCAACCAACAACCCCCUCUGAAAACCUCCGACUGCAUGCCCAUUGAUUCCACAUCGACUUUCCAGAUACUUCCUCCAAGCAUGAGUCACUUGUCAUGACAUUAGAGUGGUAAAUAAUCCACCGAGCUAAGAUGCCAUAGCCAACCAAUCAAUGCCAAAACAUCCAGCCACGAGAGCCUCAAAGAGAUGCCAGAAAAAAACAGCUCUACUUGUGCUUAAGCAUGUAGUCUGAGCAUGGAGUAUGUUGGUUCAUGAAGUCCUCUAAACUGUUGACUCCACCCUGAUAUUCACAGAAAAAGACGUGAUCUUUGUCAUUGUUCGAGUUAACGUUUAUGGGUAACUUUAUUUUGGAGUAGAGCCACAGACUGUAAUUGAAAUCGGGUGGGAUUGAGGGCAAAUGUGGGGAAAAGAAUCAUUGAUUCAAAGAAAAGAAGACUUAAUGAAUGUGUAUUAGUAUGGUUGAUUUGUAAACUAGAGGAAGAUUUAUGUCAAUAUUUUAGAUGAUUGUUUAGCAGACAGAAUCUCAUUAGUUAUUCAACAAACUGUGCCGACCUUUUCCGGCACUUUUAUGAGAAUGUUUUUAAAGAUUUAAUCAAAUUCAAUCUGAAAGAAAUCUUCAAAAGGUGAAAGCCCAGAUUGAGACUCUUCAGCUGUAUGUAGUUAAAAAGGUUUAGUUUCCAUGUAAUUGUGUUGGUUAUGAUACUGUCGAGAGUUCCCCUCUACCCUAAUUAUCUUUAUUUGCACAACACGUUUUUUUUCUCUUUCCAAAAUGCGCCAACACAAGCUGGAAAAAUGUUUUGGUAAUUGCUGUUUUGGAAAUGGUGGGAUGUUGAGUAAUUUUGAUGUGUGAAGGGUUAUUUGCAGAGCUGGGUCCCAAAUUUCUUCCCAGGACGUCACAGGGGUGGGAAAGUGUGAAAGGAUUUGUCAAUGUAAUGGGAAAUAAAUGUUUCAACACCCAAAAUAAACAUCUCUCCUUCUCUCUCUCUCUUUCCCUCUCUCUCUCUCUCGCUCGCCCUGUCUCCCCCUCUUCUGCCCGUGUUCUCAUUCCAGGCGCAAUGCGGUGGAUGCGUUCCGCGUGAACGUGAUCCACGCCAGGCAGCAGGUGCGAUCCCCGGUGACAAACAUUGCCCGCACCAGCUUUUUCCACGUCAAGCGUUCCAACAUCUGGUUGGCAGCCGUCACCAAGCAGAAUGUCAACGCCGCCAUGGUGUUCGAGUUCCUCUACAAGAUGUGUGACGUCAUGACGGCAUACUUUGGCAAGAUCAGCGAGGAGAACAUCAAGAACAACUUUGUGCUCAUCUACGAGCUGCUGGAUGGUAGGAGACAUAGCUUUUUAUUUCUGGGAGAACUCAGUCUUUGUCAUGAUUGUAAGAUAUUAGCAGUUUGAUGUAGGUAUUUCAAAAUAAUGGACUUUCAAAUAUUUUGUUUAAAAUUGAAAUUUCAGUUAUUUAAAACAUAAUAGUAGGAGGCACUAAUGCUGCAUUCGAGUUACCUCGGAAGUCAGAUGUCGGAGCUGAAAAUGACGUCACACCCGAAUUCCCAGCGUCUCAGUUACCAAGUUGAAAAUAAGCAAAAUCAGAGGUGGAAACAAGAUGGCUACAUUUACAAAAGUUAUUUUAGCGCUUGCCUUGUCCGAAUAUAAUUUUCAACUUGGACUUCUGACUUACAAGGUAACUCGAACGCAGUAUUAGUCAUAUUUGAUGUCAUUUUAUAUGGAAGAACAGGUUAGGUGCUGACUGCUCCUGUAAGUCAAAGCCACAUAUAGCAAAAUCAUAAGCCAAUCUAGCUUUAAGAAGCUAACCUUGGCAUAGGAGCGGUCUGCUGUGAAAUGCAUCUGUACGUCUUUUUUUGUUUAAAUUUCAUUUUUUUUUUGCCUGAAAAGUGCUGUAUAAAUAAAGUUUGAUCUUCAUAACAGCUUUAAAUGUCACACCCAGGUUUAGAGAGUCUAGAGAAAAAUACCCACUUCAUCCUUCCGAUUAAAGAGUUUGUUCCACUUUUUUCUCGUAUUCCCACUUAUCUCAUACCUUAUCUGUUUGUUUUCAUCCAGAAAUCCUGGACUUUGGCUACCCCCAGAACUCAGAGACCGGAGCUCUGAAGACUUUCAUCACCCAGCAGGGCAUUAAGGGACAGGUCAGCCAGUCAAGUUUGCUUUCCACUCCAGAGAUUAGCGGGCUACACUUUAUCAAGAACACCAAGCUAAGAUCCCCAUGACAUUUGGAUUAGAAGAAGGUUUUUAAAAGAUGUUGAUUAAAAUUUAAUGGAGAUUUUGGGGGCUGCAGUUAGAGGGCCUUUCAAAGUGUAUUUAAUUAUUUAUAGACCCUAUGUUGACCUGUGAGGUUAGACUUAAUUUAGCACACCUCUCAGUCGAACUCAUAACCUCAAAGUUGAACUUCUAUGGAUAGAUGAACAUUUUUAUCAGACAAGUUCCAAUGCCUUCAGCGUUGUAAGUAGCAGCUUUCAAAUACUGUAGACCUGCAGUAGCUGACAGUGGGAUUUAAUUAUAUCCACACUGACAGUGAGUGGGAGUGACAUUGGUCGUAUGUUACACAUUAGAGGCAGUGGCUUAUGAAGGAGACUGUUGCAUACUUACAGUCAGACAAGAGCUGACUUCGCCCUCUUUGAGUCCAUGUGUUGUGCAGGAAAGUAAAAAUGCUGGAUUUGCAUUAAGUAAUCAUUGUGACUCAGAUUGCGUGCAAAAAAAAAAAGGAAAAAAAAAACUGUCUAUUACUUAAUUUGCUUAAUCCAGAAAUCAAAGUGUGUGGUUAUGUGGGAUGGACUCCAAAUUGCUUUGGAAUAACAUCCUGUUUUUUCUGCUUCUCUCCUGAAUGUCUCUGCCUCGGUUUGGACUCUUCAAACUUCAGCACCAGGUAAUAAACAGAGAUCCUAUCUGAGGAAAGUAAUUUCAUCCAUCUAUGGAGUUGUGUCAUAUUUAUCAGUCUCCCUGUCCUGUAGCGCUAAUGACCUCCUUUUUCAUAUCUUUCCUUCUAUUGUCAGCCUGUCAGCCUCCUCUCUUUGUCCAAAGUGAUACAGUUUCUCCCCCUGUCCCACAGACAAAAGAGGAGCAGUCUCAGAUCACCAGCCAGGUGACGGGGCAGAUCGGCUGGCGUCGCGAGGGCAUCAAGUAUCGCCGCAAUGAGCUUUUCCUGGAUGUACUGGAGAGCGUUAACCUGCUCAUGUCGCCGCAAGGUCUGUGCGAAUAUUUUUCCAGAUAGACAGGGAAAAACUAAGUGAUUCAAAUCAGAUGGCUUGUCCCACUUUUUCUGACAUUUCUGCAUGUUUACAUGUGUGUUCCAUGCCUUAAAGUCCCCGUGCAAUCAUUUAUUUUUUUUACUACUUAAAGUGUUCUCAGUGAUCUUCAAAUUGUGAUUCGUUCUUAGCCAAAAUCAUGUUACCUGUGUCAUUCUUAAAGGCUCUCUUCUGCAGAGCUUCAGUAGCUCAUUAGCAAUUUACCUCUGAGUUGUGGGUGGAGACAGCACUGCUCUGCACACUCAUCUUCACGUUAGCUUGCAGCCUAACAUUGCCAGUGUAGUAGAAUUGGCAGGUAACAUAGGAACUAUUCAGCUCUCAGACACUAAUGUCUUUAGGGACACAAUGAAAGCUAAUAUCAUAAUUAGCUUUUUUAGGAGCAUUACAAUCCGCUAGUGCAGUGGUUCUCAAGUCCAGUCCUCGAGGCUCACUGUCCUGCAUGUUUUAGAUAUUUCCCUGCUCCAACACACCUGAUUCAAAUGAUUAGCUCGUUAGUAAGCCAUUACAGAGCUUGAUAACGAGCUAAACAUUUGAAUCAGGUGUGUUGGAGCAGGGAAACAUCCAAAACAUGCAGGACAGUGGGCCUCGAGGACUAGACUUGAGAACCACUGCGCUAGCGCACACGCUUGCUCUGCGAUUGUCUCCUCUAUUUCUCUGAGUCUGGCCUACAUAGCUGGGCUCUGGGGGCGGAGCUUGGAUUUGUGAUGUAGGAAAUCUCACUGAAUCUGAGCCUGCUGUUUGAGUCUGCCAGAGAUUCACAGUGAUUUGAAUGCAGAAAUACUCAGUACUCAAUUUUGCACUUAUUUCUCUCAUGAUUUGUCCUGUAGCAUCAGAAAAAUACCAUAUGAACAUGUAAAAAACAAGAAAAACAUAAUUUUCAUCGGAGUAGGUCUUUGAGAAUUGACGAAUCAGGUCUGCUGACUGGUCCACUGGUUAGUUUGAAGACUCAAGAAAAUCUCUCUUUGGUCCUCCACAGGCCAGGUCCUCAGUGCCCACGUGUCAGGCCGAGUCGUAAUGAAGAGCUACCUGAGUGGGAUGCCCGAGUGCAAGUUCGGCAUGAACGACAAGAUCGUCAUCGACAAGCAGGGCAAAGGAGGAGCAUCUGAUGAUGCAGGGAAGAGGUGAGUGACAGGAGGAGAGUCAGCAGACCACAAACUGAUGCUCUUAGGUCUAGUGUAUUUAAACACAGGCGUCUGGAUGUUAAGAUAGUUUGCUUUUAAUUUUUUGAAUGGUGAAUGUUACUUUUUAUUUGAUUUCCAUUCUGGAAAACCCUGACAAGGACGUAGUUCUAUUCUGAAGACCACCUUGUCUGUUAGCCCCGUGUCUGUGUUAUGAGUGUUGUCUUGCUGUUUACAACAAGACAGCCUUUACAAUUUCUUUUAUUUUUCUUUCCUUUGGAUGCAUCUCUCCUUUCUUUCCCUCUCUUUCUUUUUCUAUGUGCCGUACCUCAGUGAUUUAGGGGGAGGAAGGUACUGUACUGACAAGAGUCCUCACCUUUUUGCCAUAUCAACGCACACAGACACACAAACACAGACACAUACUAAAAAGAAAAUACGCACCGAACAUCACACCUGUCUUGUCAGAGCCUUUUAAUCACAUUAAGAAUCCGUACAUCUCAUGCACUUUGGCUCCCAAACACACACACAUACACGACACAAAUCAAACACGCCUGUUAAUUCUUGAGUGUUCUGCCCGGUGUUGUUUCCCUCUUUGUGUUUUGGUUUGGUCCGUUUCCUCACGCCUUCCUGCUUGACGUUUAACUUCAGUUUGACCCAAACACCUAACAGGGUUGUGAUUGUUUUUUUGUUUGUUUCUUUCACGUAGUCUCAUUUUUAUAUUUUAGUUUGUUUGUCUUGGCAGUUGUGUCUUUAUUGUGUAUUCACGCAUUUGUUUUUGUUUUUCGAAUAUAGACAUUAUCUUAGGGGGAGUAGUAGUUAUCUCUAUUUCCAUGUUCAGUUUUCUGUGUUGCAGUAAAGUCUUACUAAUAGUCUCUCUCUGUGGUCUGUGUUUCUGAUGUUUUGUUUCUCCUGGCAGUGGGAAGCAGUCCAUAGCCAUCGAUGACUGCACUUUCCACCAGUGCGUGCGCCUCAGUAAGUUUGACUCAGAGCGUAGCAUCAGCUUCAUCCCCCCUGAUGGAGAGUAUGAGCUCAUGAGGUCAGUAGAUGGAGUUUUAAAACCUUUAUUUUGAAAAUAAACAUUUUGACAACAAACGUUUGGUGAGGCAAACUGUUAAAUGCAUGCUACCUUGUUUUUUAUUGAUGAUCCAUUCUAGCUUUAGGUGAUCUUUUAACUGCAGGAGUGUUCACUGUGUAAAAAUGCUUUCUGGAGAGAUUUAACCCCGCCUCCUUCUUCCUGCAGGUACCGCACCACUAAAGACAUCAUCCUGCCAUUCCGAGUCAUCCCUCUGGUCAGGGAGGUUGGUCGUACUAAACUGGAAGUUAAAGUGGUCAUCAAGUCAAACUUCAAACCCUCACUGCUGGCCCAAAAGAUCGAGGUCAGUUCUUACCUGUGAAGAUGAUAAUACCGUAUUUUUCAGGCCAUAAGGCGUAGUAUGAAUUGACGUGUCUAUGUUCACACAUAAGGCGCAUUAAGCAAAACAACACAGUCCGGUUAAUCAAACUAUUUAACUCGGUUGUAACAACAAAUACCGGUACGGAAAAAUACACUCAUUAUUGAUUCAUUCCUUUUCCACAAGUCCAUCGAAUUCUUAACCUUCAGUGUCUGAGUUAAACAAUCGUGAGGUUUUGGCAUCAAGCAUGCUCAGAUCCCUCUCGUCAUUGUCCAAGUCAGUCUCGUUGCUGUUACCGGUACGUGGCUGUUCAGUGAUGAUUCCAGCUUUUGUGAAAGCUCGGACGACAGUGGCGUCACAGCGUACCGUAAUGCUCCGAAUAUCCAUUGAGCGGAGCAGCUUCGUUGCUUUCCGAAGUCAUACUUACAUACAUACUUGCACAUUUCAGCAGAUUUUUGAGCGCAUUGUACCACAUAAAAUCGGUCAAUAAGCACAAGUAAUCACACAUAAGGUGUGCUCAAUACAUUUAAUGUUGAGCAGAUAUCUUUGUGUAUAAUAUGUAGGUAUUUAUACAGAUCUUAGUAAUUUAUACAAAUAGAUUUUUUUUUUAAUCUCUUAUUUAUAUAUUAUUAUAUAAGGAAGAGGCAGGACUAGAUAAGCUUUUUGCUUCAUUCUGUUCCUUCUCAAACUGUUUAUUUUGACAAACAUAUGUUGUGUAAAUUCAUCUUUCACAUGUACAGUUGUUUGGUGUACAUAUGUAUUAUUUUGUUUAGUGUUUUUGUUUCUAGUUGUUUUUUUGUUGUUGUUCUUAAAGUUUGAGAUAAAUAAAGAAGAAAGAAAGAAAAGGUGUGCUGGAUUAUAAGGCGCACUGUCAAUUUUUGAGAAAAUUUAAGGAUUUUUAGUGCGCCUUGUAGUCUGAAAAAUACGGUAAAUGAAAGCAGUUAAGACAAACAUUCUCCACAAAUCAAAGCUCUCCCAUUCUCAAAUGUCAAUAAGUGUAUUUUGUUUUUCUUAUCUUCAUUAUCUCCUCCUCAGGUGCGUAUCCCAACGCCCCUCAACACCAGCGGCGUGCAGGUGAUUUGUAUGAAGGGAAAAGCAAAGUACAAGGCCAGUGAGAACGCCAUUGUGUGGAAGUGAGUAGUCGCUCUGCCUUUUUAUUCACAGCACACAACCAAACUUUAUGUCCUGUGUUUCAGGUUAAUGAUCAACUGCUUCUCUUCGGUGUCUUUGUUUGUUUAACCUUAGGCUUCUUCUCUUUUCCAAACCCCUACAUGAAUUUACAUGAAUUGAUAGGCAUGUGGGUUUGAAAAUAACCUGAUUUGAUUAUGAGCUUCACUGUUUGUUUCUGUGUGCAGGAUCAAGCGCAUGGCGGGAAUGAAGGAGUCACAGAUCAGCGCUGAGAUCGAGCUGCUGCCGACCAACGAUAAGAAGAAAUGGGCCAGGCCUCCCAUUUCUAUGAACUUUGAGGUGAGACCAAAUUUCAGUUCAGCAUCAAUCAAACUUGCACAAAAACUUUUUUCUCAAAUUUAGAUCCGCUUCACUUCCUGAUUAAAUUGAAAUACUGUGUUUGCCAACGAUGACUGCACUGGCAGGCAAACAAAUGGAUUAAAAACGAUCCCUGUUUCAGUCAUGCAAAUCACAGCCUGUCUUCCUCAUACACUUCCUGCUCAACCUGGUGUUGAACCUACAUUUCCCAGCAUGCCCCGACUUGCACUAACCUCCUCCGGUCUCUGCAGGUUCCUUUUGCUCCCUCUGGUCUGAAAGUGCGCUACUUGAAGGUGUUUGAGUCCAAGCUCAACUACAGUGACCACGACGUCAUCAAAUGGGUGCGCUACAUCGGCCGCUCCGGCAUCUACGAGACCCGCUGCUAAAGUUCAACCCCCCUCCCCCCAAUGCAAGGCAGCGAACUGACCACUUUUACCCCUUCAUCUAUCUUGUUAAGAUUUUUUUCCCUCUGCCCUCUUCCUACUUUGUCUCUCUCUCUCUCUCCCUUCCUUUCGAUCCUUAUAGCUUCUCUUAUACACCCCCCAUUCCCUCCACCUCCACCCUCACCCAUCCUAACUAGGUGUUGGAGAUUGAAUUUUCAUCGUUAAAAAAAAAUUACAAAAAAGUAUGAUAUAAUGCACAGAUAUAUGCAAAAUGUGAACCAUUGUAUCGUAUAUAUCUCGUAGUGAUGAGUAAACCUGUAAACCAACUGGCGUCCGAGAGAAAAAAAACGACUAGUGAUGGAGGUGGGGACCAGGGGGAGAGGACUGGAGUAGAUCUUUUUAACGGACGCCUUGUCGUGUUAUUCAGUGUUAUCGUUUCACUAUCUAUCCUCCGGUUACUUUAGAAGCUCCACAAAGUCCUUGAGUUUAUCCCCCGGUGAGACGAUUUGUAGCUGUUGUGGUUAAAAUGAAUACUGACGUAGUUCCUGUGUAUGAGCUUUUGUCUCGGUAGAGUCUACCCUUUCAAACUUAAGAUGAAAUGUCUGAUUCUGUAUCGUGGAAACCCGAUUGAUAUUUGAUCUGUGUUCGUGGGAGCGGUUAUUUGGAUCAAAAGUGUCAUUUCAACGUCUGGCAAUGCUGUUAGCAAACAGAAGGAAUUCAUAGUGAGCGAGCUGUUUUUGUACUUCUCAUAGAGUUUACCAUUUCUUUCCCUCACUCUUUUUUUUUUCUAUUAUAGGUGAAGUCAAAACAGGUUAAUCAUUCCAGACAGUUUUUUAAGGUCUGACCGUCAUCCCCCUUAAGUUCGUAUAUGACCUUAUAUUUCCUUUCAAAAGCACUAAGAUCAACUCUGUCGCACUACUCUGAUUGAGAAGCUUUGGGAAACUCUGGCAGUGGGAGUGUGUUUGCAGCAAGGUGAAGUCUCCCCCUGGUGUUCGCCUCGUCACUGUCUGCUUCUUAAUGUUUGUAGCCCUGGUGACCGUUCUGUCCAAUAAAAUCUGACUAUGUAACCAACUA